AUGUGCCCCAGUUUGCCAGAAUCAUUCAGAAUGUUUCCCGGGACUUUAUGUUUCAUGAUUUUACUCAUUUUUCAGAUUAAGGCCCCCCACUUAUGUUCCCUUUUAGGAAAGGUCAUCCUUGGAGUAGAGGGUCAAGAACUGGUUCAUCCUAAAAGGCUUCCUCUGAUUCAGAAGCGAAAUGUUUGGCACAUCCAUGAGGAUGACAUACAGGAAGCUUAUGAAGAAGAAUUGUUGUAUCAACUAAACCUAAACAGAAAAAUCUUAAUAAUUCACCUUCUAAAAUCAAGGGAGCUUUUAGCCUUAAAUUACAGUGAGACGUACUACUCCACAAAAGGAGAGGAAAUCACCAAACAUCCUCAGAUCACGGACCACUGUUUUUACCAAGGAUCUAUCUUACAUGAGUUUGAUUCUGCUGUCAGCAUCAGCACAUGUCAUGGUCUGAGGGGGUUCUUCAGGGUGAGAGAUCAAAGAUAUCUCAUUGAACCAGUGAAAUAUUCAGAUGAGGGAGAACAUUUGGUGUUCAAAUAUGACCCCUUGAUUCAGCAGCCUGCCAAUUAUUCUUGUACAGAGCUCAACUUUACCAGGACAACUAUUCCAAAGGAUAAUACUAAAUCCCUGGAAGAUUCCAAAAUGGAAAGCAAGGAAAAAGAAAAGCAUAUUGAACUAUUCAUUGUUGCCGAUGAUAAUGUGUAUCGCAGAAAUAGUCAACCUCACAGUAGACUGAGGAACCGAGUUUGGGGAAUGGUCAAUUUUGUCAACAUGAUUUAUAAAACCUUGAACAUUCAUGUGACAUUAGUUGGCCUUGAAAUAUGGACAAAUGGAGACAAAAUAGAGGUAGAUUCAAACAUAGAAACUACCUUACUGCGUUUUUCAGCUUGGCAAGAAAUAAUCCUUAAAAAAAGGAAAAAUUUUGAUCACAGUAUGUUACUCAGUGGAAAGUGGCUCUAUGCACAGGCGCAUGGAACUUCUUAUCCAGGGGGGAUGUGCCUGCCCUAUUAUUCCUCCAGUGUUGUUAAGGAUCUUUUACCUGACGUCAGUGCAAUUGCAAGCAGAAUGGCACACCAGUUGGGACAUAACCUUGGGAUGAGUCAUGAUGAUUACCCGUGUACCUGUGCUUUGGAAAAAUGUGUGAUGAACAGUGGUGGAAGUAUUCCUGCACUGAAAUUCAGUAAAUGCAGCAAAACCCAGUACCAGCAAUUUCUCAAGGAUUACAGGCCAACGUGCAUGUUCAAUGUUCCAUUUUCUGACAAGUUUUCUGAUUACCCAUAUUGUGGAAACAACAGAUUGGAUGAUGGAGAGGAGUGUGAUUGUGGCCUUAUUCAGGACUGCACUAAUCCUUGCUGUGAUGCACUCAAAUGUAUGUUGAAGCCAGGGUUUACUUGUGCUGAAGGAGAAUGCUGUGAAUAUUGCCAGAUGAAAAAAGCAGGGUCUAUAUGCAGACCAGCAAAAACUGAAUGUGAUUUCCCUGAGAGGUGCACUGGCCACUCUUCGGCGUGUCCUAAGGACCAGUUCCAAGUAAAUGGAUUUCCUUGCAAGAAUGCAAAAGGCUACUGCUUCAUGGGGAACUGUCCCACCCAUGAUGAUCAGUGCUCUGAAUUGUUUGAUCACGAAGCGAAAUCCAGUUCUGAUAUUUGCUACAAGAUGAAUACAAUUGGAAAUAAAUUUGGAUACUGCAAAAACAAGGGACGCAUAUUAAUUCCUUGUGAAGAAAAAGAUAUCAAAUGCGGAAAGAUAUUUUGCACAGGUGGGCAUCACUCUUCUGUCCUUGGAGAAGAGAAGAUCUACCACCUUAAGAAACAUCUGAAACAGAAUACCAGUGAAUGCAAAACCUUCUAUUUAUACCAUGAUUCUAAGGAUUUUGGCCUGGUGGCACCUGGCACAAAAUGUGGUGAUGGAAUGGUGUGCAGCAAUGGUGAAUGCGUGACUAUUGAAAAGGCCUACAAUUCAACUGAUUGCUCUGCUCAGUGCAAUGAAAAUUCUGUGGAUGAUGGUGAACUUGAGUGUCAGUGCAAGGGAAUUCAGGCAUCUACGGAAUGGGAGGAAACCUUAAAUGUUACCAAUAUCUCCAUCCUGGUGGUCGUGCUUGUCCUGGUUAUUUUUGGUGUUGUGGUUGUCAUAUUACUAAUUCGUUACAAAAAAUGUAUUAGGUUGAAGCAAGUUCAAAGCCCACCUCGAGAAACCCUAGGAGUGGAGAAUAAAGGAUACUUUGGUGAUGAGCAGCAGACAAGGAAUGAGCCCAUCUUACCUGAUAUUCAUCCUCGACAUCAGCAGCGAAGAACCACAGAGUCCUUGGAGAAACUUCCAACCAGCUUCUCCAGUCCGCACUACAUCACUUUGAAAUCUGCAAAUAAAGAGCACAGAGGAAUGGCAAAUUCCAAUUCAAGCGCCCAAAUGAGCUUGAAACUGGAUAUCCAAAAUGGCUGUGCAAGGCUAGGCUGA